AUGGACGGAGAAGACAAUGCUGUUCCGCCGCUUACCCUUCCAGAAAGAAUAUUCGCCAUCGGUAGUGAACCUGUCGGAGUUAGAGUCACGCCUUACCACAAACCACAUGCAAUCCGUCAAAUCCUGAAUGCUCUAUACCUCGAUGAAGUCGAUACUAUCAGAAAAUCUCCGUUCGGAAAACUCGUUGAGAUCGCCGACAAACCUUCUUUUUCUGGGCGUUUUGGUCGUUUCAUCAUAUCCCGACAGCUUAGAAUCGAGAAGAAACACGAAGCUUGGUUCAUUUUCUCCGGCAAACCUGUUAGAUUCUCUCUCCGAGAAUUUGCCUACGUCACCGGUCUCAACUGCGGCAAGCUUCCCAAACAUCAAAAAAAAAAUUCGGAGAAAUUCCUUUCGGAAAAACCUUACUGGGGGGAGCUGUUCGGCACAAUGAAAGAGGUCCCAGUUACUUCAGUAGUGAGAAUGCUCAAAAGGAGAACUGUCACGGACAAAGACAUUCGCCUAAAAUAUGCACUUCUGGCUCUACUAUCUGCUGUCAUUUUACCGACCACUCACACACCACGCAUAUCACAAGUUUUCGCGGAGCGUAUAAAAAAUCUGGAUGAAUUCUUCUCAUAUCCUUGGGGCAGGCUAUCAUUUGAUAUGCUCAUGAGUAGUAUCAAAGAGAGGAAUGAGGUCUCACUGUCCCAAAACACCAUUGCCUUGAAAGGAUUUGUUCUUUCACUCCAACUUGUCAUGGUUGAAGCCAUUCCCGCGCUAACAGAGGUUGCAAACGACGGGUCAUCAUCCGGCUCAGAAGGCGAAGGCGGGGAGGAUGAUGAUAUAGCAGAUGAAGACAAAAACGGAAGGAGAACUAUCAGCCCAGGACAUGCUCGCGACUCAGACGCCUCAGGAAAGGUUGAAGUUCGCGCCGUUAUAGUGGAAGAGAAAGAACACUUUCAUGAUUCUCCUGAAUUCUCAUGGUCAGACGAUGAAGAUGUUCUUGUCGUUGAAAAUUUGUUGACUCUUGUUCAGCAGAAGUAUCCUUUUAAGAAUGGUAGUUUCGUGGGAGGAGCAACAACGCUCGACGUCAUCAAGAUGCGCGAGGAGGAAAAAACAGAGGCAAAUAACCGUAAGAAAGUGAAGCCGAAGCAGACAAAACAAAAAGCAACAUCAGAUGUCAUCGAUUUCGAAUCUGUAGCUGCAGUGGUGAAAGAAAAAAUGUCAGCCGACUUCUCCCGGAUUGAGAGGCAAAUAACAACGCUUUCAGAAACAUUUCUUAAUUUCCAGAACAACGUCCUAGACAAGUUCGAGAUUUUGCUUCGCAAAAUAGAGGAUUCUAAUUUGAGGUCUGGAGCUCCCUCAUCUGCGCAGACUCAAACUUGUAACAAUGGCCACGCAGAUUUUCAGCAGGGACUCAAUGUGGGGUUACCUGCAGAAGCAGAGACUCCCUGUCCCGUUGACGAGGUUUAUAAUGGAGAACCUGUCAAUCAGCAGAGGGUUCACACCCAGAGGGAGGUACCACCUGUUAGAGACGCCGAGUUUGUUCCCGAUGACCUCUCAGACUUUAUUCCACCUUCAAAGAAAGCCAGUUCAGAUGCAGAUAAUCCACUAAAUGGGCCCCAAGACCAUCAGCCACCUGCUCAGUCUGAAGGUCAGACCGCAACUGAGCUCUCCGACGAGAUGGUAAUUGAUGACACCAUUAACUCCACCGUUGUCAUGAAUCAAGAAAAGACAUAUUGCGACGAUGCACGAAAUGGAGAACAACACAUCGACUCACCUAUAGAUUACCAAGGUCAGACACUGAACAUUGCCCGUGAGGAAAUGGAUACUGAUACUGGUGUGGAAGAAAUGGUUUCAAGUACCCCACCUGCUACUCCAAUUCCUACUCAAAGCGAAGCAGCAGCAGAUACGGAGCUCGACCCUGCAUUGCUUUUCCCUAAACCCACAUUCUCCCUCGGACUUACACAAGAGGAACCGCCGCUUCCAAAACAAGAUGUCUCUGAAGUGGCCCGUGAGUCUGAACUCGUGACUGGCAACCAAGAUUGCGAGCAGGAUGAUCAGAUGUUCGCUUGCCGGAAAAGCAAGAGACACAAAACAUUACCUAAAUCACUGGUGGGACAGUAUGAAUGCGACAAGCGUCUUUUUAAUCGCGCUCGUGUAGCACUCGUAGAUCCCAACAACACAGCCGGAAGCAUUGACUAUUCAGCCAAGUUCUCUGCCCUUAUUGAUAAACUGAAGUCCCCAUUUACCAUCCGCAUUGGUCAGUCAACAUUUGAGAGCAACGACCUACAUGAAAUUGUGCUUAGAUCAAAUCCCCUGCAACCAAAGGUUGUUGAUGUUCUCAUGGGCCACAUCAGAUCUCAGUUCACGCUCAACACACCCGUAGACCAGUCUAACCAACCUCUGUUCUUGGACACACAGUUUGUGUCAGACCUCACAAAACUGUUCCCCAAGUUUUGCAAGUGGUCCAAGAAAGAAACAUUCCGUUUUCCCACCAACAUAAUGGAUCGAUUCAGCAGUAAUUCACAGGCAGAGCGUUUCUAUUUUCCUUUCAAUCUCGACAAGUUACACUGGGUCGGUGUAUGCGUUGACUCUACAAGCUGGACUAUGGUAGUCAUGGACUGCAACAUAGCACUGAGGAAUGACAACAUGAUGACGAAAGAGCUUAGCCCCCUCGCAGAAAUGUUUCCGUACCUUCUCAAACUAUGCCGUAAGCAGCUUGUUCACAAAGACGGGAGAGCAUUGUCCAUUGUCAGACCUCGUAGCAUCCCGCAAAACCCCUGCCUUCAUGAAUCAGCUGUCUCUGCAGUUCUUCUCAUCCAAGCCCACGCCGUUGCAGGUGUCGACGUUUGCCAAUGUAUUACCCCUGAUGUCAUGGGUAGCGAAGUUGAGAGGCUUGCAGUUAUGUUCUACGAAGCCACAGUUGGAAUGCUCUAA